AUGUUAAACAAUAAAAGCUCCCCAAGAUAUCUGACAAAUAUAUCGACACCGACUACGCCUCCGGCUUCAGCUGUAGCUUAUUCCUACCCGCUGUCAGUAGCGUUUGGUUUUAUUGCUGCCCUGGCUUUUAUUGGUAACGGUCUUUUUUGCAUUCUUAUACUGAAGAAUUAUCGGAUGCUCAGAUCUGCAUAUAACUUGCUGAUAUUCACCCUGGCUGUGACAGACAUGAUAACAGGUAAACGAUUUUAGAAAUCAAAUCAGUCUUUUCCUAGUGUGAGUGAGAAACUAUUGUACACUAAGAUCUCCACACAUGAAUUACCAAUAGUUACACCUGGUGACGAGUGUGAAAGAGGUUCCCUACUUUGAUGAGACGGAAAUAAUACCGACUAGUUGUAGCAUAAGAAAUAAUUCCUAUGCAAACACAAAUUAGGAUUAUAUGAACGACACACUAUUUUAUUGCCAUUAAAUAGAGUUUCUUAAGGAAGUCAUUAGUUUUUAAACAGUCAUGCAGUAUACCUUAUUUAGGAUGCCCACAGUCUUUGCAAGUAGUAGGGAUUGACGGAUUUUGAGACCAUCUUCGCAUUUAAUUUUUCUACAAAAUCGCUCACCAACCACUCUUUUCAUCAAUAUCUGGUUAGCCUCGCUGCUUUUCUAAAUUUAAAAUAAUGAUUUCUUAAGACUGUAAGCUCUCCGAAAUUUUCCAACGUUAAACAUUUUCCUUUAUUCUGACAACUCAGCCAUAGUUUUCUCAUGUUUGUUUGUCCUCUUAGUGAGAGGUUCCCGGCAUUAGCCUCGCAUUCAUGUUCAAGACCUACUCGUCCCAGGACCGUCGGGAAUACGAAUAUUGUCUAUUUCAUUUCUUUUUUAUUUUCAAGGGGUGAUUAUUGGUGUGACGCCAAACUACGUUGUCCCCCUAGGAUCCUACCAAGUUCCAGGCGGAUUACCUGGGGUAAUUUUCUGCAAAGUCAUUUGUUCCAGUUACUUCGUGUUUGUAUUUGGUAAAGUUUCCUGUCUUACGGUCACGUGUCUUACUCUGGAAAGAUGGUAUUCUGUGGUUAAGCCUGUCAAAUAUCGACUCAAGUUUAAAAGAGGAAGAGUUUGUGUGUAUCUUGUAAUCAUAUGGAUAACCUGUCUCUUAUUGCAUUCAUUAAUGCUGUUUGAAAUGACGCUUGAUGAAAAAAAACUGCGAUGUGUGUGGAUAACGCCCGAUUUUCCCAAACAACUAACACCAAUGACCAUCACAAUCGUGACAUUCUUUUUUCCAAAUGUAGUUACGUGGGUUACGUAUCUGCACAUUUCCCUUGCGCUUAAGACAUCCCCAGCAAUUAAAAAUAAUGGACGUUUAGCUCGAGCACGGCUUAAGCUUCUUCGUAUGUGCGUUAUAGUUGCACUGUUAUUCACAAUAUGCUGGUUUCCAAAUCAGCUUUACUAUGUCCUAUCUUCUUAUGGCCUUGUUAGAUUAGAGUCGCCUUCUCAUCGCUUCACCGUCGUCCUUGCUAUGUUUAACUCGUGCAUCAAUCCCGUCAUUUAUUGCUCCACACACCAGGAAUAUAGAAAAGGGUUUCUUAGGCUACUUUGCCCUUUCUUUAAUUCCUGCCGAUGCAAGAAACGGAGAGAGACAAGUCUAGCACAGGAAAACAGAUUGAAGGUAGCAAGUGGAGAAUUUGAAAUGGAAACAUUUGACGGGGGUGUGAUGUUGACCUUUCGUAAUUUGGUCAAUCAAGGGUACGAAGUCGGCGACUGCAAGCAAGAGGACACCAGUGGUGUUUGA